AGCCCUCGGCCCGGCAAACAACUUGCCAUGUUCGGCCAAAUGCCCUGCAGCCCUGUUGGGCAAAGGAGCGUCGCCCAUCUCAUUGACGCGCAGCUGGGGGACGCGAGCUUUCUGGCGCGAUUGGUGCAGCAUGGGCCCACCAAGUCCUACUUGGCGGAAGCUCUGAAACACCUCGCCUCACAGGACGCUGACUUCGCGCGCCUUGUCCUCGCCCAUGCCCCGUCGCGCGCCAAACCGCGCGCCAAAACCCCGCCGGCGCCGCGGAAGCGCCGGGCGCCGGCGAAGCCGACGCUGGCGCCCAGGGCUCUGCUGGCGGAUUUCGAGGACGCGUGCCCUGCACCCAAAGCCGCCCGAGUGGAGGCGGACUUGGCGGAGCUCCCUUUGGCCUCUCUUUCGCCGCAGGUGGCCUCCUAUCUGCCUCUGCCGGCCAAGCUGCGGCUUUCCAAUGCCUCGCGAGGCAGCCAGCGGCUGAUGUCCCUCGCCGGCGCCUGGGAGCCCUUGGUCCUGGACUCCAACGCCACGCGGCAGCUCCUCACGCGCCUCCGCCAGGCAGAUCCGCAUGGGGUGCUGGCGCCGCAGCACUACCCGCCGCCGGCGCGGCCCUGCUGGACAGAGCUGAAGGAUGUCACAGUGGAGCUCAUGGAGCCUGAUCGCCUCCCCAGAGAGUUUUCGCGUGCCUCGUCUAUGGUGAGCUUGGUCAUGGACCCCAUCGAAGAGCUGUGCCGGCGGCUUGCGGCGGGAUGCUUCGCCGGCGCACGCUGCCUCAACAUCUCCAACAUCGAGGUCAGCCGGAUGGACGCGCGCUUUCUGGAGCUUCGCCUUGGUGCCUUCAAGGACUUCCCGCGCCUCAUCCUGGAGCAGGACGGCUUGGACGUGAGCCGCUACCGCCUGCACGCCUGCCAUCGGGUCCACGCCUUGCCGUCGAAGGCCGAGGGCGAGGCGCUGGCCGCGCAGAGGUUCCCCAGGCAGCAGGGCAUGGAGUAUCUUCUCUCUCCGCCAGAAAUGGUCACAGAGUCUGAGGCGCUGUUUCUCCAGGAGCACCGUGCCAUGACCAAGACGGGCCGGAGCUUCCGCAACCCCCAGCACCUGUGGUACGUGAUCCCAGACCAGGACGUUCGGCAGCAGUAUGAUGUGCUUCGACAAAAGCUCGCAACGCAGGCCAGCGCUGCAUUGCCAAGCUAAUAAGUUGUUUGGGAGGCGAACGUUGGGUGUGGCCUGCAGGAACUGCUC